GCCCGCCCGUUCCCCAUGGGCUGCGGGGCCGCGGGACAUGGAGCGGUGCGCGGCCCGCCGGGCCCCGGAAGAGGAGCGGCGAGUGCGAGCCAACGCGCGGGAGUACAACGAGAAGUUCCAGUACGCGAGCAACUGCAUCAAGACCUCAAAGUACAACAUUGUCACCUUCCUGCCUGUCAACCUCUUUGAGCAGUUCCAGGAAGUAGCCAACACCUAUUUCCUCUUCCUCCUCAUCCUGCAGCUGAUCCCACAGAUCUCUUCGCUCUCCUGGUUCACCACCAUCGUGCCUUUGGUUCUUGUCUUAACCAUCACAGCUGUCAAGAUGCCACUGAUGACUAUUUUCCGCCAUAAAAGCGACAACCAGGUGAACAACCGGCAGUCUCAGGUGCUGAUCGGUGGAGUCCUCCGGCAGGAGCAGUGGUGAAUGUACGUGUUGGAGGACAUCAUCAAGUUGGAGAAUAACCAGUUUGUGGCGGCCGACCUCCUUCUCCUCUCCAGCAGCGAACCCCAUGGGUUGUGCUACAUAGAGACUGCAGAGCUGGAUGGAGAGACCAACAUGAAGGUGCGCCAGGCCAUACCUGUCACCGCAGAGCUGAGGGACACCAGCAAGCUGGCUCGCUUUGACGGUGAGGUGAUCUGUGAACCCCCCAACAACAAGCUUGACAGGUUUGGUGGGACACUGUACUGGAAGGAGAACAAGUACCCCCUGAGCAACCAGAACAUGCUGCUGCGAGGCUGUGUCCUGCGCAACACCGAGUGGUGCUUUGGCCUCGUCAUCUUUGCAGGGCCCGACACGAAACUGAUGCAGAACAGUGGCCGGACCAAGUUUAAGCGGACGAGCAUUGACCGGCUGAUGAACACACUGGUGCUCUGGAUCUUUGGGUUUCUGGUGUGCAUGGGAGUGAUCCUGGCCAUUGGCAAUGCCAUCUGGGAGCACGAGGUGGGCGUCUGCUUCCAGAUCUACUUGCCCUGGGACGAGGGGGUGCACAGUGCCUUCUUCUCUGGCUUCCUCUCCUUCUGGUCUUACAUCAUCAUCCUCAACACUGUGGUGCCCAUCUCACUCUACGUGAGCGUGGAGGUGAUCCGGCUUGGGCACAGCUACUUCAUCAACUGGGACAAGAAGAUGUACUGUGCCCAGCGCCGGACGCCAGCUGAGGCCCGGACCACCACCCUCAAUGAGGAGCUGGGGCAGGUGGAGUACAUCUUCUCUGACAAGACUGGCAACCCUCACCCAGAACAUCAUGUCUUCAAGCAAGUGCGCUGUGAACGGGCACAGCUACGGGGCCAGAGCCAGUCAACUUCUCCUUCAACACCACUGGCGGACCCGCGGUUUCCAGUUCUGGGACCCCAGCCUGCUGGAAGCCGUCAAGCUGGUGAGACCCCCACGUGCACGAGUUCUUCCGCUGCUCUCGCUCUGCCAACACCGUCAUGUCCGAGGGAGAAGAGCGAAGGGGAGCUCUUGUACAAGGCACAGUCCCCGGACGAAGGAGCGCUGGUCACGGCUGCCAGAAACUUUGGCUUCGUUUUCCGGUUCCGCACACCCAAGACCAUCACGGUGCACGAGCUGGGUCAAGCCAUCACCUACCAGCUGCUGGCCAUCCUGGACUUCAACAACGUCCGCAAGCGCAUGUCUGUCAUCGUCCCGCUGCCCUGA